GAAUGUUAUGGUAUGGCGGAAUUUCUUAAUCGAGUCUUGUCAUGUUAAUCUUCCUUUUAAGCUUUCGCAAUCAGUUUUAACCACUCUUUCACCCUUUCUCUUUCGCUUUAGCACUCCUUUUAAGUUCUUAUAGCCGUCGAUAAACACAAUUCCCGACAUUUUCAGCCAAAAAACGUUGCAAACCAUGGCUCAGUGCGUUACUAAAGUCGAGCUUCACAUCUCUUGUCGAGGUCUUUUGGAUAAAGAUACCAUGUCUAAAUCCGAUCCUAUCGCUGCUGUACUAACACAAGACAAAAGUGGACAAUGGUUUGAGUAUGCAAGAACAGAGCGUGUCAAAAAUGAUUUAAAUCCUGACUUUUCCAAAUCCAUUUCUUUGGACUAUUACUUCGAAAUGGUCCAAAAACUCAAAUUUGCUGUGUAUGAUGUGGACAAUGAGAGCAAAAAACUUGACGAUGAUGAUUUUCUUGGUGAAAUGGAAUGUACUCUUGGUCAGAUUGUAUCUAAGAGGUCAUUUACAAAACAUCUUGAAAUUAAAGGCCGGAAAGUUGGAACAAUUACUGUUUAUGCUGAAGAAAUGACAGGUGGAAAUGAGGUUGCCAAACUUACUUUCAGAGCAACAAAUGUGGACAAAAAGGAUUUUCUAGGAAAGUCAGACCCGUUUUUGGAGAUCUCCAAAAUGAAAGUUGAUGGUGGAUUUUUGAUGAUACAUAGAACAGAGGUGAUAAAGAACAAUUUGAAUCCAAACUGGAAGGCAUUUGAUGUUUCUGUCAUGUCUUUGUGUAGUGGAGAUUAUGAUGCAACAAUCAAGAUCGCUGUCUAUGACUUUGACGAAGGUGAUGCCAAUGACUUGAUCGGCGUUACUAACACCACCUUACGGCAACUGCUUGAUGCGAAAUCAAGUGGGAAAGGACUGGAUUUGAUCAACCCAAAGAAGCAACAAAAGUCCAAGAAGUACGUCAAUUCUGGUGUUCUUUACGUCAGUCUGUGUGAGAUCAUCCAUAUUCAUUCGUUUCUGGAUUAUGUAAUGGGAGGUUGCCAGAUUAAUUUUACGGUUGGUGUGGACUUCACUGCAUCGAAUGGUGACCCAAACAACCCUCAGUCUCUUCACUACAUGAAUUCAUACGAACCUAACGAGUAUCUCAAAGCAUUGACGUCCGUUGGGGAAGUCUGCCAAGACUAUGAUUCAGAUAAACUGUUCCCUGCUUUUGGCUUUGGGGCUAGAGUUCCGCCAUCUUUCGAGGUAUCCCACUCAUUUCCUUUGACUUUCAACGCUACGAAUCCUUAUUGCCAAGGGGUCAGUGGUGUAGUUGCAGCAUACCAGGCGUGUAUCCGUCAGGUUCGAUUGUAUGGUCCUACCAAUGCUGCACCAAUCAUCAACCAUGUGGCUUCGUUUGCUCACCAGGCUGCUCRAAAACGAGACGCAUCGCAAUACUUCGUGCUGUUGAUGCUGACGGAUGGUGUGUUAUCAGAUAUGGAAUAUACCAAAAUUGCUCUGAUUCGCGCAUCCCGUCUUCCUAUGUCAGUUAUCAUUGUUGGUGUUGGUACUGCUGACUUUACUGACAUGAACGAGCUGGAUGCAGAUGAAGGCUUUUUACGUUCAGGUACAGAGGUAGCUGAAAGAGACAUUGUUCAGUUCGUUCCUUUUAGGGAUUAUAAAGGGCAAUCGCCAGCGUUACUGGCCCAACACGUCCUAGCAGAGGUGCCGAAGCAGGUCCAGGAUUACUUCAACUCCAGAAAGAUCCCACCAAUAAACCCUAAAGGUCCAAGUCCACCCUCACUGGCCGGGCUCUAAAAAUCCAACCUUACAUUUUUUAAUUCUCAUAAAUUUUAAUUAAAUAAGGAAUGCUCUUGGAAUAAUGACCGAACUUCGCGUUUAAACUAAUGCAAUUCACUUGAAUGAAUAAUUUAAUUAACUGCCCUUGAGCUAGCUAACUAAUGCCAAGGGGGUUAAGGGAAGACUGCCUUAUUUAAGGGUGUCGGAGGAGAUUUCAUUCAUAAUUUAAAAUAAUCUAGGUAGUUAGUAUACACUUUAGUUAAAACUUAGUCAAUAUAGUAAAUCAAGUUAGUGGCUAUUCAUGCGUUUACAUUUAAUGUACCAGGAGACCUUCGCGACCGAUCAAUGUUCACUAAAAAAUAUCACAGCGCACUAUUCAUGGCUAUAAAAGUAUACAUUUUCUUCUCGCUGAAUAAAAACAAAGUCCAACUA